AUGUUCCGCUUCAGCAAAACCCUCGACCCAAUCACCCUCUUCCACUCCCCCUCCAUCCAAGCCUCAACCCGAGUCCUCAACAUCCUGAAACAAGCCUCCGCAACAGCCAGCGAAACUGCCACAGAAGACCAGGCCAGCGACCACUCCACCCACUCAAAGAAACAGCGCGGCGAGUUCGAGCUGGAGGUUACCACCUCUCCCCCGACAACAGACCAGCUUCGCAGUAUCCUCGACUAUGUCUCGCCCGUCAGUGGUGUCAGUGGUCAGGUUGAGAAGGUGACGUAUGGUGUUGCAGAGUUGGUGAAGGGUGCCCGUGAUGCGGAGGAUGCGCUGAAGAAGUUCAAGGAGAAUAAUGAAAAUUUCGUGAGACCUAUUACAGUUGACUGGGUCAAUGGCCGUGCUGUGAUUGGAGACAACGAGUCCGAGAUUCUGCGCAUGGUGCGCCAGCUUCCUGACAACUAA